GUUUAUAUCUGUUUCAACACCCUACAGCAAGAACUUCGCACCACUCAAUACAACCUGAACAAAUGAGCCACUCCCACUCAAGUUCGGGCUCGUCGUUCAUGACGAUGUCUAUGGUUUUUACCAACACACACGAUUCGCCGCUUUUCUCUUCGCAAUGGACCCCUUCCUCAAACGGCUCCUACGCCGGAAGCUGCAUUUUCCUGAUCGUUCUUGCCGUCAUCGGCCGGUGUCUGGUGGCAUUCAAAGCCUACAUGGAGCAGCGAUGGUUCAACGCUCAUCUCAAGCGUCGCUAUGUUGUGGUCACUGGCAAAGCCUCUGAAGCCGGCCGCAUCAACGCAGACCCAGACGCAAAGACGGGCACUCUGGUGACGGCGAAUGGCGUCGAAGAGUCGGUCAAAGUGGUCUAUCGCGAAAAGAAUGAGAUCCUUCCCUGGCGCUUUAGCGUGGACUUCCCGCGGGCGCUGAUUUACUUGUGUAUCACGGGGGUAUCCUAUCUGCUGAUGCUGGCUGUUAUGACGAUGAAUGUGGGAUAUUUUUGUUCGGUCCUUGGCGGUUCGUUUCUGGGAGAGCUUCUGGUGGGACGGUUGAUCCAAUGGCACGAAUCGCAUGGACAUUAAUCUGAUCAAUUAUACAAUAGCCUAUCAAUUAUCUUGACAUUAUUUUGUCCCUGUGCUUUGUCGAGUGUGCCCCCACAUUGGUGCAACCAUUGUCAUGUACAUCCGCGAGAAAAAAAAAUGGUGGAUUCCAGA